AUGCCUUCGGAAGCUGGUCAUAGAUUAUACGUCAAGGGUCGCCACCUGAGCUAUCAGCGUGGUCGCCGCAACACCCACCCCAAGACCAGCCUGAUCAAGAUCGAGGGUGUUGAUGAUACUGCUGCUGCCAACUUUUACCUUGGCAAGCGGGUUGCGUAUGUCUACAGGGCUCAAAAGGAGGUCCGCGGCACCAAGAUCCGUGUGAUCUGGGGCAAGAUCACCCGGCCGCAUGGCAACUCGGGUGUUGUUCGAGCCAAGUUUACUCACCCCCUUCCUGCGAGGUCCUUUGGCGCGUCGGUUCGGAUCAUGCUCUACCCUUCUUCGAUUUAA